AUGAAGAGCAAGAAACAACGUAGCCGCUGUCUACAGCCUGAAGAGUGCGGAGUGUGGCUGGACACAGCCGAUCUGAAGAAGAGAUCAUAUCAGACCGUCAUCCCCUGCUCGUAUUCCAGCAAGUUUAAUCCACCCUUAAGAAGUCGGCAUUUUGAUUCUGCUACAAUUGAAUUCACUCAAACAAAAACACCACAGCUUUGCACCAAACAGACAUCUAUGUAUGCCUUUUUUACACCAAAAGGCAAGCCAAAGCCUACAAAUCAAGAAAACUUACCCAGUAGUCUAAGUGUGAAAGGACAAGCAGAAGAAAAUGAUGCUGAACCUCUAAAUGUUGGUCCACUUCAGGACAGGACUAAUGUUCUUUGGGACACUGCUAGCCCAAUGAAAAGAAACCCCCGCUAUCUGAGUGAUGAGGAUUCUCUGCCUUACAUGUUUACACAGGACUCUGAAGGCAAUAUGGUUAUAAAGCACUGA